GUGUGUGAGCAUGUGGCCCUGGACAAACGAAUCUUCUGACUGCUGCACCAACAGUAUAUUUUAGGGGACAAACUCCCGUGUUCUUCUUGAAGAAGGAUCUGUGAUGAUUGUGAUGAGCAGUAUGUCCCUGGCCAGUGAGGAGGAGGGUGGAGUUACUGAUGUGAUAACCCCUCCUACUUUAGUCUCUGAACACUGCCCCCUCAGUGCUGCUCAACCUAGCUUACUCCAGUCUCCACUAGACACGCCCCCCUCUCCACCACCCCUGCCUGUGGAUGUGGGAAGCCCUGUGCAGCGGAAGCGGAGGGUGCGAAGUUUCUACUGGAAGCCAAUUCCUGAGGAGAGAGUGCACCAGCACGGCGCUCCCAACCUAUGGACGCUUGGCCCGACUGCUGGAAAACAAAUGUUCCACAUUGACAUCAGGAACCUUGAGGAACUAUUUGCACAACGUGAUGACAGACGAUCACACAAGGCAACUAGCAUCAAGGGCAGCCAAGCAUGUAGCACUUUACAAGAGCCUAAAUCAGAGAUUACCAUUCUUGAUUCUAAAAGGAGCAUGAACCUGGCAAUUUUCCUGAAACGCUUUAAAAAAUCCCACAGCUCCAUCAUGGAGGAUAUUCUCCAUGGCAACAGUGCAGCAUUUGGACCAGAGGCCCUUAGAGAGCUGUACAAACUUCUGCCAGAAUCUGUAGAGGUGGAGAAGUUACAUGCAUAUGGAGGAGACCCAGCACAGUUGGCCAUGGUCGACUCCUUCAUGUACCACCUCACACUCUUACCCAGCUUUGAUCUGCGUAUAGAAGCUCUGCUACUGAAGGAGGAAUUUUCUCCUUUGUGUUCAUCCCUGAAGCAGGACAUCUGUACUGUUCGCUUUGCUGCCAGAGAGUUGCUCAGCUGUGAAGAGCUCCACUCUGUCCUACACUUGGUGCUUGAAGCAGGAAACAUAAUGAACUCAGGUGGCUACGGCGGGAACGCUGCUGGAUUUAAGCUCUCCUCUCUGCUGUCGUUAGCUGACACCAAAGCUAAUAAACCAGGCAUGACCCUACUGCAUUUUGUUGCUCUGGAGGCUAAGAAAACAGAUGAGCAGCUGCUAAAGUUUCCUGAGAAGCUUCGGCACGUUGAAAGUGCUGCACGGGUGAGUGUGGAAGGUUUGUCUGUGGAGUGGGAGAGUCUGAGCAUGAGAAUUAAGCAUGUGGAACAGAAAACUCAGAGUAAUGCAGAGCUACAAGAACAACUCCACAUGUUCCUACAGAGCAGUUUUGCUCUUCUUGAAGACAUUAAUAAGAGCAGGACUGAGCUGCAGAAGGAGGGAGAUGAUCUGAUAGAUUUCUUCUGUGAAGAUAAAGACACAUUCAGACUGGACGACUGCUUCCAUAUCUUCCAACACUUCUGUUCCAAGUUCACAAAAGCUGUACAGGAGAAUAUAGAGCGAGAGCGAAGGGAGGCAUCUCAGAUGAAGCGCAUGAAGGAGCUCGAGGAGAAGCGUCGCUCGUGGGCAGACAGGGAGAUCGUGUGUGGAGUCUUUGGGUCGAGAUGUAGCAGUGAGACUGAUGUGCAAGCAGCUCUGAAGAGGGAGGGGCUUUUGCAGCUGCUUAGGUCCCACCCACAGAGCCUUCAGAGUCCUUUUACUGUGGGACAGUUUGGUAGCUACCGUUACUCAUGGCAACAACCCAGUGAAGGCAGUCCUAACUCUGCUAGGUCAGAUCCAGACACACACUCCCUGACACUUAUACAGACAGCUACAGACUCUAAUAGUGAGCUGCAGUCUUCUGCAGCUACACACAGACACACAAGCUCUGGCCAGGGGGAUAUACCUGUGAAUAGAUACAGACGCACAAGCUCUGGCCAGGGGGAUAUACCUGUAGAUGCACACACACUGGUGCCUGCCCUGCAAGCCUUUAACUUCAGUCCUCCACUUGAUGGUGACCACGGCUAUAGCAAUUCCCAGAAAUCCAGCCAGGAUGCCAUCACUCUGAUGGAUCUGGAAGUAAAUAAUAAGGUGGGGCCUCAAUCUGAUAAAUGGAUGGAGGAAAACAGAAAUCCAGCAACUCAACCCACAACUGUGCUAGAGACCCCAGACAUAACCUCUCAUACAGUGCAGAUUGGACUCACAGCACAGAUGGGCAAGAGGAGCAUGUCCCUCACACACUCCGAAGGAGAAAACAGUAAUGACACAGACCUCAAAUGCAACAAAGAGCUCAAAGUAUUUUUGUCUGAGGGUGAUACCUCAUCUGCAUUCAGUGAUCAAGCUGAUGUAAAAACCAUCAGGGACUAUUCAGGGUCCAACAAUCAGACAUCUGACUCCACGGAUCAUGCAUUAAUGUCCAAGAGCAAUGAAUCUGGUUCCCACGUGAAAAUGAACAUUGUAAGGGGAGAGAAAGAGACACAAGUCCACAGGUCAUCCAGCAAAACAAAAUCAUUCAGAAAAAUGACUACCAAUCCAGCUGUCUCUUCCUCCAAGAAAACCCCUAACCCUCCUCUUCAUCCAAGACUUCCCCAUCUCUUAACCCCCACCAGUUCCUCCAAGACGUCUCCAUCUCCAAAGCCCACUCAUAUUCAUCCAGUGCGGACUCUCACCCCUUCUGAGAUUCAGAGCAUGCGGAGAGUCAUUCCUCUUGGCCAAACCCCUCGUGCUGCCAGCACAAGAUUCCCCAGCCCAGCUGCUCAAAGCACCACCUGCACUGCUCCACCAGUGCAGAGGUCAUCCACCCGCACUGCUCCACCAGUGCAGAGGUCAUCCACCCAAACUGCCCCACCACCACAGAGGUCAUCCACCCACACUGCUUCAUCAGCACAGAGGUCAUCCACCCGCACUGCUUCAUCAGCACAGAGGUCAUCCACCCACACUGCUCUACUAGCACAGAGGUCAUCCACCCACACUGCUCUACUAGCACAGAGGUCAUCCACCCACACUGCUCUACCAGCACAGACGUCAUCUAUAAGGAAGUCAGCAGUUCAGCAAAAAUCGAUGCCCGAGGAGAAGAUGUGUCGAUCUACAAUGCGUGUUCUUGCUCAAUCAGGUGGGAAGAGUUCUUGGCCACUCCACCAAAACUCUGCCCAAAAGCACACCCCCAACUUUGCUCGAAACACUGUGGCCUCCUCUACUCGCAGUGCUGUUGCCAGUGGUAACCUGUUGGUCAGCAAAAGUACCAUGGCAACCACUCCAAUAAUGCCUUCACUAAAUGGUACUACAUCCCUCAGACUAUCACAGAGCAGAAUGAACCCACAGAUCAUGUCUGGUAGCAACUCUAACUCUGGUAAAGCAGGAAGUGUUUGUCUGUCUCCUGUUUCUGGCCAUAUUAGAACGAACCAGAGCAGGCUCUCUCAGAAGUCGCCCUUGUCCCAAGUGCCCCUGAAACCUGCCUGGAAGUAAUGGAAGUAGUGCUGGGGCCAUUCAGGAGCGUCUGUGGAGACAUUUAAGCGAUCCAGAAUCCGUUGUGUCUGUCUUGCUGAUGUGUAAUUGCUCAAAUCAGAAUACACAAAACAGUCACCCAUCAAUAUAAAUAUUUACUCCUGUAUUGUCAUGUGGGCAACAUAGACAGGCUUUUUUUUAAAAUGGACAUCUCAGUGUGGCUUGAGAAAAGUGGCUGAUGUUCCCUUUAGACAGACACAGGACCAAUCUGAAAUUCUGCGAUUCUGGGUGCUACUUCUGCAAGCAUGCCAAAUUGACCUUUUAUUUUUAUUUUCGUUAAUCUUUUAAUACUAUACUAGGUAUCCAUGAACUCAAUUUUUCCAUUAAAUAAACUUUUAAACCACAGGAGAUCUUUAUUUAGUAAAAGCAUAUAAUGUCAAAACCCUUUAAUAAAUAGCUGACUUCUUCAGAAACCAUGAAGUUCAUCUGAUUUUAGAUACACAUGGUAUUACAGGUGGGAUCAGUUGUGAGAAUUUUAUGGCAAAUAACAAUUGAGAGGCCAAAAUAAAGAAAAGCACUAAAACUAUUUUCUACAGUUAUUAUAGGGAUAGAAUAAAUAGAACACAAUGUUGAAUUGUUACACCAUGUACAUUUGACAAAUGUGACAUUGUUAUUAAUCCAUAUGAGAUGGCAUUGACUGCUUUUAUUCUUAAAAGGUUAAACAGCGAUUCAAGAGGAUAGUUUUUGUAAGUGGACUAUAAGACAAUCAGAAUGAAGCCCUUGAAUCCUUCUGCAAACCAGGUCUGUUCCCAAGGCAACACACAGUCUUGUUCAUUUCCAGCAUAUUCUUAUUUCCUGAUUUUCCUCAGACAGUGAAAGUGGAGGAGGAGUGUAUUCGUAAAGUUACAGCUUUUGAUGUUGGCUUGCAUAACCAUUUUGCUCAGAAGUGUUUUUUCUUUACAAUUAGGAGUAUGUGUACAGUGAGUAAGGGUUUGUGACAGCCUAUAUAAAUGUUCUAGACUUUCUAGAUGUAUCAUUUAUUCUCACUAAGAUGUCUGUCUUGAUAUCUUUUAGAUUGUGGUUGUUGCCAAUAUAAUCAAAGAAAUUACAGUUAUUUAAAUCCUUCAGAGAUCAAAUCAUUAAUGUUACUUUCUUUAAUUCAAAAUGAAAGAUUGUGAUUCUGAUUUGAUUUGAAUAUUUGAGACUGAUUUAAUGAGACUGAAUAAAAAUUGAUGGCUAGUAAAUCAUGUGCAUUGUAAAGGAUUAGUAGGUGAAACCCCUACAAGCUCAAAUGAGUAGACAAUUUAAAACUCAAAGCACUGCUUCUCUCCAGCCUUAGCAUUGCUCCCCUUAGCUUUGCAUAUACGGUAAAAAUGGUCUGCGGAUCUUAUCUUGAAAUCAACAGGCAUGAUCUAAAUGUAUAUGGACAACUUUAGCUUUACUACAUUAAGGGUGAAAUAUCAUUGUAAUCUUUGUAGUAUGAAUAACCACUGGACAACAGGGAAGAAGCAAUGUGAUACAUUGGCCAGGUGUGUUGGAGAUGGUGGUGUGUAGAGUAAGGUGUG